AUGGAUGAAGGAGCCCAGAAGAGGAAAGAACAGGAGUCAGGCAUGGCUCUUUCUCCGGCACAGUUGAGCUUCAAGGAUGUGUUCCUAGAUUUCACUCCUGAGGAGUGGGACUGCCUGGACCCUGCCCAGAGGACCUUGUACCAGGAUGUGAUGGUGGAGACCCUCAGCAACCUGCUGUCUGUGGAUAUGUCUCAUAUAGAUAUGAUGAAGAAAUUACAGGCAAAAGCAGACAGUGGGAAAGGGGAAAUUUUUGAAAGAGUGAUGUUUGGAAGAGCUGAAAGCCUUGAAAGCAAAGAUUUUCACCUCAGGAAGAUCCAGGAAAAUAUGGAUGACUUUGAUUGUCUGUGGACAGAUGAUGAAAGAAAUGACAAAGGAUUGUCUACAUCCCAUAACAAAAACCUCGCAGAUGGAACAGAUCAUCAUAGUAGAAGUGAUGCAGAAAAUGGAACUUUUGAAAGGCACGGGUCAAGCUUUCAGGAUGAAUUGCAGAUGAUGCAAUCUGAAGGGAUAAUUUUUGAAUGUAGUCAAGUUGUGACAAAUGUCAGCGACUCAGGUUUAUCAUCUCAGAGAACUCGUAAUGUCUGCAAAGGCUUUUCUCAUAAAGAUGAGAAUGCUGUUAUGCAUCCUUCAGAACUGUUACCAGACCAUGAAACACAAAAUAAAAGACCUUACAGAUGUAAUGAGUGUGACAUAACCUUUCUUCAGGACUCAGAACUCAUUAGACAUCAAAGAAUCCAUACAGGAGGAAAACCAUAUAAAUGUGAUGUGUGUGGCAAGGCUUUUAAUCAAACUAGAAAACUUGCAGUUCAUUGGAGAAUUCAUUCUGGAGAGAAACCACAUAAAUGUGAUGUGUGUGGCAAGGCCUUUAAGCAAGCUGCAAAAUUUGUAAUUCAUUGGAGAUAUCAUAUGAGAGAGAAACCAUAUAAAUGUGAUGUAUGUGGCAAGGCCUUUAGUCAAACCGCAAACCUUGCAGUUCAUCAGAGAAUUCAUACUGGAGAGAAGCCAUACAAAUGCAAUGUAUGUGGCAAGACAUUUAGUCAUACUGCAAACCUUACUGUUCAUCGGAGACUUCAUGCUGGAGAGAAACCAUAUAAAUGUGAUGUAUGUGGCCGAUGCUUUACUCAAAACUCACAACUUGCAGUUCAUCAGAGAACUCAUACGGGAGAGAAGCCAUACAAAUGCAACAAACCAUAUAAAUGUGAUGUAUGUGGCAAGGCCUUUAAUCAGACUGCAAAACUUGGACGUCAUCAGAGAAUUCAUACUGGAGAGAAACCAUAUAAAUGUGAUGUGUGUGGCAAGGCAUUUAGUCAUGCUGGAACCCUUGCUGUUCAUCGGAGAGUUCAUACUGGAGAGAAACCAUAUAAAUGUGAUGUAUGUGGCAAGGCUUUUAAUCAGAAUGCAAAACUUGGCCUUCAUUGGAAAAUUCAUACUGGAGAGAAAUCUUAUAAAUGUGAUGUGUGUGGCAAGGCGUUUAGUCGUACUGGAAACCUUGCUGUUCAUCGGAGAGUUCAUACUGGAGAGAAACCAUAUAAAUGCGAUACAUGUGGCAAGGCUUUCAGAGUAAGCUCAAACCUUGCUGUUCAUCGGAGAGUUCAUACUGGAGAGAAACCAUAUAAAUGUGAUGUGUGUGGCAAGGCCUUUAGUCAAGCUGCAGGCCUUGCAGUUCAUCAGAGAAUUCAUACUGGAGACAAACCAUAUAAAUGUGAUGUAUGUGGCAAGGCCUUUAAUCACACUACAAGACUUGAACUUCAUCAGAGAAUUCAUACUGGAGAGAAGCCAUACAAAUGCAAUGUAUGUGACAAGGUAUUUAGUCAUACUGCCAACCUUACUGUUCAUCGGAGAGUUCAUACUGGAGAGAAACCAUAUAAAUGCGAUACAUGUGGCAAGGCUUUCAGAGUAAGUUCAAACCUUACUGUUCAUCGGAUUGUUCAUACUGGAGAGAAACCAUAUAAAUGUGAUGUGUGUGGCAAGGCGUUUAGUCAUACUGGAAACCUUGCUGUUCAUCGGAGAGUUCAUACUGGAGAGAAACCAUACAAAUGUGAUGUGUGUGGCAAGGCUUUCACUGUAAGUUCAAGCCUUGCUGUUCAUCAGAUAGUUCAUACUGGAGAGAAACCAUAUAAAUGUGAUGUAUGUGGCAAGGCUUUCAGAGUAAGCUCAAACUUUGCUGUUCAUCAGAGAGUUCAUACUGGAGAGAAACCAUAUAAACGUGAUGUGUGUGGCAACGCCUUUAAUCACACUACAAGACUUGAACUUCAUCAGAGAAUUCAUACUGGAGAGAAGCCAUACAAAUGCAAUGUAUGUGACAAGGUAUUUUGUCAUACUGCCAACCUUACUGUUCAUCGGAGACUUCAUACUGGAGAGAAACCAUAUAAAUGUGAUACAUGUGGCAAGGUUUUCAGAGUAAAUUCAAACCUUGUUGUUCAUCGGAUUGUUCAUACUGGAGAGAAACCAUAUAAAUGUGAUGUGUGUGGCAAGGCGUUUAGUCAUACUGGAAACCUUGCUGUUCAUCGGAGAGUUCAUACUGGAGAGAAACCAUACAAAUGUGAUGUGUGUGGCAAGGCUUUCACUGUAAGUUCAAGCCUUGCUGUUCAUCAGAGAGUUCAUACUGGAGAGAAACCAUAUAAAUGAGGUAUAUGUGGCAGGGCUUUCAGUGUGAAUGCAAACCUUGC